CGUACAAACGCCUUUCUUUACUCACUAUUAACAGGUAGACAAGCUAUUGUUGCUAAUAGUGCAAUGUCCAAGACAAAGGGGCGCGCACGGCAGUUUGCCGAAUGGGCAGAGCAACCAGUCAAAGACUUCGAUCCCGAAGUAGAAGUCCCAGAUGAGGACGACGUCAGCGGAAGCGAAGAUAGCGUAGAUGAAAACGCUGGUACAGAACAUUAUGUCGCCGUAAGCAAAAGCAAGCUUCGCCGCAGAGACCCCGUCGCGCUAGGACCCCAAUACCGGGGUGCUCCCGUAAGCCGAGAAGCCCUCGAUGACGAAGAGGAUAACGACGAGAGCGAAGAGGAUGAUGAUCCCGACGCGGCCGAUCUCGAAGCCGAUCAAGACGGUCAAGUCGAUGCAGAGAUCGCUCAGGCUAUGCCAAAGAAAGGCAAGAGAGUCGCAAGGCCUACUGCUGCGGACUACAUGCUAUCCGACGAGGAAGAUGAUGACAGUGAUGGGGCAGAACUUGAUGGGGAAGACUCUGAGGAUAUCGAUGAUGACGAAGAUGCUUCCGAUGAGGAAGGAAUUGGAGGCUUUAUAGAUGACGAGGCGGAAGAGGAUGAGGAUGAGGACGAGAGUGAAGAUGAAGACGAAAUGGACCAAGACAUGGAGGAUAGCGACGAAGAAUUGGAUGAGCAGGAAGAAGAUGACGAUGCUAAAGAUGCAGCGCAGGCCAAUGGAGCGAGUCGUGCAACAAUUCAAGAGAUGAUGAAUGCUGGCCAGCGCAGUGUGGCUAGUACUUUAUCAACAGCGGCUCAAAAAGACGUGGCAAAAGGGAAGGCAGUUCGACAACAGCGAAAGGCCUUCGAUGCACUUCUCAACAUCCGUAUACGACUACAAAAGUCACUCGUCGCAGUCAACUCCUUCAGUACCAUUGAGGAACUAGGGGGCCAAUCAGAACCCUACGAAGCAGCUGAAGCGGCCGCGCUAAAGCUAUGGAAUACAAUUGAUGGGUUCCGCACGAGUAUACAGUCCGACUCGUCAGGAAAGACAGGCCAAAAGAGGAAGCGAGUUGCCGAUACAGAUACGUCUAGUCAAGACAUGUGGGAAAAUAUGGAGAUUAUUGAGCAGCGGGCAAUCAUUCGACGCAGGGCGGUUCUGGAGAAGUGGUCGCAUAGCGCCCGGAAUAUAAGGAUGAUGGAUAGGUCGUCGCGCAAAUUUUCUAAUGCGGUAGAAAAAUCGCUGACUACGAGGUUGGAUGAAGAGCUUGAUGCACCGGAACGGCUUAUCAAACGGACCCGGACGCCACGAUCAUGCGCUCCGGCACAAAUCGCAAAAAAAAUCAAUGAAGAUGCGGCUAUCUACGAUGAUGCCGAUUUCUACCAGCUGCUAUUAAAGGAGCUCGUUGACCAACGUUCCGGCGAUACGUCGGGCGCCCCGGGUGGCCCCGCAGCGACAAUCCGGUUUGCCGCCGUAAAGGAAGCGAAGGCGAAGCGGCAUGUGGAUACCAAGGCCAGCAAGGGCCGAAAGAUGCGCUUCAACGUUCACGAUAAACUACAGAAUUUCAUGGCACCAGAAGAUCGCCGAAGCUGGGAGCAGAGUGCCAUCGAUCGCUUCUUCGGGACUCUAUUCGGUCAAAAACUGGUGCUGAACGAAGACGAAGACGAAGACGAUGAUAAGGAGGCAUCUGAUGAAGAAAUGGGCGGUGCGCCGAUUAACGAUGGAGGCAUCCGAUUAUUUAGAGACUAAUUUGAAACAUUCUGUUACCUAUCUCAACUAUCUGAUGAUUCGUAGUGUAGAAAAAAGGGAAAAAGGCAGAAUUAGGUAGGUACCUAAUUAUUGAAAUAAGUAUCGUCGCGCAUGUUUCCAAAAAAGAAAGGAUUUUCAGAAGCUCGUAUUGGUAUUGGGUUCUUUAAGAGUAAGCCGACGAUGCGCCAAGAUGGACAUCCAACCCCGUAUUCUAACAAUACGAAGAUUGCG